AUGAGGAUGGAUAAGAGGUCUCAGAGCUCUUCCAGGGAGUCUCAUAAGAGACGCAGGGAAUCCCCAGCUACACAGAGGAAAGGAGAGAAGGAGAGCAGCAGAGAAGCCAGCAAAGGAAGGGAAGACAUAAAGCAGGAGAAAGCAAAGGAGCUCAAGAGCACUGCAGGGACUGAUGGAAGGGUGCACACAUCCACAGUGGUGGACGUGGAUGAUGUGGUGUCUGAUGAAGAAAUGGAGGCGAUGGCGUUGCUGGACAGCGAGCUGCAAGAGGAAGGUGUAAAGUCUCCAGGUCUGGGCAUCUGUGAGUGGCUUCUGACCAUCUUGUCUUUCCUGUUCAUCCUAAUGACCUUCCCCAUUUCUGUCUGGUUCUGCAUGAAGGUGGUGCGGGAGUAUGAGAGAGCCAUUGUGUUCCGACUUGGGCGUCUCCUUCCUGGCAGAGCCAGAGGGCCUGGCCUUUUCUUUUUCCUUCCCUGUCUGGACACAUGUCACAAGAUAGACCUGCGCCUCAAGACCCUAGAGAUCCCCUUCCAUCAGGUGGUGACUAAAGACAUGGUUACCUUGGAGAUAGAUGCCGUCUGCUACUACCGGUUGGAGAAUGCCUCUCUUCUCCUCACCACCCUGACCAGCAUCUCCAGUGCCAUCCAGCUGCUGGUGCAGACCACCACAAAGCGCCUCCUGGCACAUCGAGCCUUCUCUGAGCUUCUCUUGGAGAGGAAGAGCAUCAGCCAGGAGAUAAAGGUGGCUUUGGAUGCGGUCACAGGCUGCUGGGGGAUCAAAGUGGAGAGAACAGAAAUCAACAACGUGCAGCUGCCAGCUGAAGUCCAGCAGUCCCUGGCUGUGGAAGCAGAGGCCCAGAGACAGGCCAAAGUGCGGGUGAUUGCUGCUGAGGGGGAAAAGGCUGCUUCCGAGGCCCUGCGGGUGGCAGCCGAGAUCCUGUCCAGCGCCCCUGCUGCUGCUCAGCUCCGUUACCUCCACGCAGUGCACUCCCUUGCUGCAGAGAAACCUGCUGCUUUCAUCCUGCCCUUGCCUUUGGAUGCCCUGAACCUGGUCUCACCGGCUACUCGCAGCCCUCCAGCAGCGAGCAGCCUCCUCACAGACACCACAAAGCUCCCAGAAAGCCCAAAAGACAAGGACUCACCCAUGCUCUGA